AUGAAGUAUGGUUCUCCUAAGAUUUCAUCAAAUACAAUUGAUGUAUUGGAUGAAACGUUAACUCCUCGAAAAUCCAUUCAACCUUAUGUAAGAGAGAAAAGAAGUAUGAGUAGCAAAGUCAAGGAUUUUGCUUAUUAAAAUUAAUUGUUUGAUAAGGUUGAUAAUAAGAUCAGGGCCUACCUGCAGAAGAAUCAGGUCAAUUAUGAAAAGACACUAAUUAAGUUGUAUAAACUGGACUCUCUAAAAAGUGAUAAGGCAAAACGAUUGUUAGGAGAGCUUAAUCAAACAAAAAGGAAAUAAUAAUUGAGUGUUGUUCGUCAGACCAAAUCCAUGUAGAAUUCUCAUCCAUCUCUCUAGAGAGAAAGGAAUAAUAGUCUCCAAUCUUCAAAGCAAAUGCAAAUGGAUCUUAAAUAAAUAUAAUAGGAAUUAAAAAAAAUUAAUCCUGAGAUCGAACAUAAGGCAUUAAUGAACCUCUCUAUCUUUAAAUUUAAUUAAUCAAAUUGUGCUCGAUUGGAGUAAAAUGAAUGGGAAAGGGUUGCUCUUUAGUAUCCUUACAAAAUUAGACCAAAGAUGACCAAUUUUGAGUAAGAAUUAGAUCGAUUGCACAGUUAUUAUUCAAGGAACGAAAACUGUUUGAAUCAACUCAUGUAAAUCUAAAAGGAUUUAUUGCACUACAAAUUGCUUUAAUAAUGA